CUCAGCAUCAAAACAUGAGAGAACUGACACCACUCUGCUGGCAGCUCUUGCUGUUGAGUACUCUGGUAUACUGUAGCCUCGGACAAGGUGGAGCCUCUCUGAGCAUCAGUCCUGACAGACCUCAGUUCUUUGAAUAUGAGUCUGUCUCUCUGAGCUGUGAGGUUCAGGGGAACUCUGCUGGAUGGAGAGUGGUGAGGAACUCAGAGCGAGGAAUCCUUUCAGAGUGUAAUUCUACCUGGGGAGAACUAAAAGGAUCUUCAUGCAUUGUGUCACUAAUACCAUCAGACAGUGGAGUGUACUGGUGUGAGUCUGGGUCUGGAGAACACAGCAAUGCUGUCAACAUCACAGUACAUGAUGGAGCUGUGAUCCUGGAGAGCCCUGCCCUUCCUGUGACUGAGGGAGAUUCUGUGACUCUGCGCUGCAGAUAUCAGGUAACUCCCUCUGACCUCACAGCUGAUUUCUACAAAGAUGGAUCCCUCAUCAGGACUGAGACUACAGGAGAGAUGACCAUCCCUGCAGUAUCCAAGUCAGAUGAAGGACUCUACAAGUGUACCAACUCUGAAGGAGAAUCACCAGAGAGCUGGAUGACUGUGACAGCUGGAGCUGUGAUCCUGGAGAGCCCUGCCCUUCCUGUGACUGAGGGAGAUUCUGUGACUCUGCGCUGUAGAUAUAAGAGAACUCCCUCUGACCUCACAGCUGAUUUCUACAAAGAUGGAUCCCUCAUCAGGACUGAGACUACAGGAGAGAUGACCAUCCCUGCAGUAUCCAAGUCAGAUGAAGGACUCUACAAGUGUACCAACUCUGAAGGAGAAUCACCAGAGAGCAGGCUGACUGUGACAGCUGCAGGUCAAUUACCCAUUCCAUCUCCAGCAGUCCCAGUGUUGUCCAUUUCUCUACCCAGGCUGCUGUGUAGUCUACUGGUGGGGUCUCCCUACCUGCUGGUGACCAUCAUACUGCUGGUGAAAGGCUGUAGGAGCAGGGCUCAAGGUGAAACCAGGAUACCCAGGAAGACCCACCAAGACCAGUUAGGUGAUCGUGUUGAAGAAGAGUGAGGCUGAGAUCACCUGAUCACCAUAACAACCAUCAGAAUGGAACUCAUGGAAUUCUAAUAUAGAACUGUGAGUCACAAUGCUGUAUGUUGUUACAUUGUAGCUCCACCUGCUGGAACAAUAGUGGCAUUUGAUCAAAUGUGAUCUAUUAACUGCUACAGUCGUGGCCAAAUGUUUUGAGAAUGACACAAAUAUUAAUUUCCACAAAGUUUGCUGCUUCAGUGUCUUUAGAUAUUUUUUGGCAGAUGUUACUAUGAAAAGUGUUGAUAACUGUCUGUUUAGGUGAAACCAGGGUAAACCAGGGUACCCAGGAAGACACACCAAGACCAAUUAGGUCCCUUUGGUUACAAGCAAUUCAUAAGUGUCAAAGGCUUUUAUUGACAAUUACAUUAAGUUUAUGCAGAGUCAAUAUUUGCAGUGUUGACCCUUCUUUUUCAAGACCUCUGCAAUCUGCCCUGGCAUGCUGUCAAUCAAAUCAAAUCAAAUCAAAUGUAUUUAUAUAGCCCUUCGUACAUCAGCUGAUAUCUCAAAGUGCUGUACAGAAACCCAGCCUAAAACCCCAAACAGCAAGCAAUGCAGGUGUAGAAGCACGGUGGCUAAAACUCCUUAGAAAGGCCAAAACCUAGCAAGAAACCUAGAGAGGAACCAGGCUAUGUGGGGUGGCCAGUCCUCUUCUGGCUGUGCCGGGUGGAGAUUAUAACAGAACAUGGCCAAGAUGUUCAAAUGUUCAUAAAUGACCAGCAUGGUCGAAUAAUAAUAAGGCAGAACAGUUGAAACUGGAGCAGCAGCACGGCCAGGUGGACUGGGAACAGCAAGGACUCAUCAUGUCAGGUAGUCCUGAGGCAUGUUCCUAGGGCUCAGGUCCUCAGAGAGAGAGAAAGAAAGAGAGAAUUAGAGAGAGCACACUUAAAUUCACACAGGACACCGAAUAGGACAGGAGAAGUACUCCAGAUAUAACAAACUGACCCUAGCCCCCCGACACAUAAACUACUGCAGCAUAAAUACUGGAGGCUGAGACAGGAGGGGUCAGGAGACACUGUGGCCC